GGGAACAAACUCAGGACCUAGAAAGCUAGGCAAGCAUUGCACCGACUGACCUACAUCUUCAGCACAGAAUAUGAGUUGUUUGGUUCCUUACAAAAUCUGUCUAUGAUCUUCUCCCAAAGGAGUUACAGUUACCUCCACCUAGAGAAACAUCUGUAGCAUCAAUGAGUCAGACAAGCGGUGGUGAGGCAGGGUCGCCUCCUCCAGCUGUAGUUGCUGCUGAUGCUUCUUCAGCUCCCUCCUCUUCCUCCAUGGGCGGUGCUUGCAGCUCCUUUACCACCUCUUCCAGCCCUACCAUUUAUUCUACCUCAGUCACCGACAGCAAGGCUAUGCAAGUGGAGAGCUGCUCCUCAGCCGUGGGGGUAAGUAACAGAGGGGUAAGUGAAAAGCAGUUAACCGGUAACACAGUUCAGCAGCAUCCAUCAACCCCGAAGAGGCACACAGUUUUGUACAUCUCACCACCACCUGAGGACUUGCUGGAUAACAGUCGGAUGUCCUGCCAGGAUGAGGGGUGUGGAUUGGAAUCUGAGCAGAGCUGCAGUAUGUGGAUGGAGGAUUCCCCCUCCAACUUCAGUAACAUGAGCACCAGUUCCUACAAUGAUAACACUGAGGUACCUCGUAAAUCACGAAAACGAAAUCCAAAGCAGAGGCCGGGGGUCAAACGACGAGAUUGUGAAGAAUCUAAUAUGGAUAUAUUUGAUGCCGACAGUGCCAAAGCACCUCACUAUGUGCUUUCUCAGCUUACCACGGACAACAAAGGCAACUCAAAAGCUGGAAAUGGAACAUUGGACAACCAAAAGGGAACUGGAGUAAAGAAGAGCCCUAUGUUGUGUGGACAGUAUCCAGUUAAAAGUGAGGGGAAGGAACUGAAGAUAGUUGUGCAGCCCGAAACCCAGCACCGAGCUCGGUACCUGACAGAGGGCAGCCGAGGCUCAGUAAAAGAUAGAACACAGCAAGGCUUUCCUACAGUGAAGCUGGAAGGUCAUAAUGAACCAGUGGUGUUGCAGGUGUUUGUGGGCAAUGAUUCUGGCCGAGUGAAACCACACGGAUUCUAUCAGGCCUGUAGAGUAACUGGGAGAAAUACAACUCCCUGCAAAGAAGUGGACAUUGAAGGUACCACUGUUAUAGAGGUCGGCCUUGAUCCUAGCAACAACAUGACACUGGCGGUGGAUUGUGUAGGAAUAUUGAAGCUGAGAAAUGCUGAUGUUGAAGCCAGAAUAGGAAUUGCUGGUUCUAAGAAAAAGAGCACUCGUGCCAGAUUGGUUUUUCGAGUUAACAUCACAAGAAAAGAUGGCUCCACUCUGACGUUGCAGACACCUUCGUCCCCCAUUUUGUGUACUCAGCCAGCAGGAGUUCCUGAGAUCUUAAAGAAAAGCUUGCAUAGUUGUUCAGUGAAAGGAGAAGAAGAAGUGUUUUUAAUCGGCAAGAACUUUCUAAAAGGGACUAAAGUUAUAUUCCAGGAAAAUGUUUCUGAUGAAAACUCUUGGAAAUCAGAAGCUGAAAUUGAUAUGGAAUUGUUCCAUCAGAACCAUCUUAUUGUGAAAGUCCCUCCAUAUCAUGACCAACAUAUAACUUUGCCUGUAUCAGUGGGAAUAUAUGUUGUGACCAAUGCUGGAAGAUCUCAUGAUGUUCAGCCAUUUACUUACACUCCAGACCCAGCAGCUGCUGCUUUGAAUGUAAAUGUGAAAAAGGAGAUAUCUAGUCCAGCAAGACCUUGCUCUUUUGAAGAAGCCAUGAAAGCAAUGAAAACGAGUGGAUGUAACUUAGAUAAGGUAAAUAUUCUUCCUAAUGCCUUGAUCACUCCACUGAUAUCAAGCAGUAUGAUUAAGACUGAAGAUGUCACUCCAAUGGAAGUAACAGCAGAGAAAAGAUCUUCCCCUAUUUUUCAGACUACAAAGACAGUUGGAUCAACCCAGCAAACUUUAGAAACUAUUUCUAACAUAGCAGGAAAUGCGCCCUUUUCGUCACCAUCAUCUUCCCACUUGCCUUCUGAAAAUGAAAAUCAGCAGCUUCAGCCCAAAACAUACAACCCAGAGACCCUGACAACUAUCCAAACACAGGACAUCUCACAGCCUGGGACUUUUCCAGCAGUUUCUGCUUCUAGUCAGCUGCCCAGCAGUGAUGCACUACUGCAGCAGGCUACACAGUUUCAGACAAGAGAAGCUCAGUCCAGAGACACAUUACAGUCAGAUGGCACAGUGGUUAAUUUGUCACAGUUGACUGAAGCAUCACAGCAACAGCAGUCCCCACUACAAGAACAAGCACAGACAUUACAGCAGCAGAUAUCAUCAAAUAUUUUUCCAUCACCAAAUAGUGUGAGUCAGCUCCAGAGUACUAUUCAGCAGCUGCAAGCAGGAAGUUUUACAGGCAGCACUGCUGGUGGUGGCAGUGGAAGUGUUGACUUGGUCCAACAGGUUUUAGAGGCACAACAACAGUUAUCUUCUGUUCUGUUUUCUGCUCCAGACGGUAAUGAGAAUGUUCAAGAACAGCUUAAUGCAGACAUUUUCCAAGUCAGUCAAAUUCAAAAUAGUGUAAGCCCUGGAAUGUUUUCCUCUACUGAGUCUGCGGUUCACACCAGACCAGAUAACUUACUACCUGGGAGAGCUGACAGUGUCCAUCAGCAGACUGAAAACACACUCUCUAAUCAGCAGCAGCAGCAGCAGCAGCAACAGCAGCAGCAAGUGAUGGAGUCAUCCGCUGCAAUGGUGAUGGAGAUGCAGCAGAGCAUUUGCCAAGCAGCUGCCCAGAUUCAGUCAGAACUAUUUCCCUCAGCUGCUUCAGCAAAUGGAAGCCUUCAGCAGUCUCCAGUUUACCAGCAGCCUUCACACAUGAUGAGUGCACUGCCUACCAACGAGGAUAUGCAAAUGCAAUGUGAGUUGUUCUCUUCUUCCCCCACAGUUUCUGGAAAUGAAACUUCUACAACCACCACACCGCAGGUUGCAACCCCUGGCUCCACUAUGUUUCAGGCACCAAGUUCAGGAGAUGGAGAAGAAACUGGAGCACAAGCAAAACAGAUUCAGAACAGUGUCUUUCAGACAAUGGUUCAAAUGCAGCACAGUGCAGAUAGCCAAUCUCAAGUAAACAUCUUUUCAUCUACAAAAAACAUAAUGAGUGUUCAGAAUAGUGGUACCCAGCAACAAGGGAAUAGCUUGUUCCAGCAAGGGAGCGAGAUGAUAUCACUUCAGUCUGGGAACUUUUUGCAGCAGCCUUCUCAUUCACAGGCUCAGCUCUUUCAUCCUCAAAAUCCUAUUGCUGAUGCUCAGAACCUUUCCCAGGAUACUCAAGGUUCAAUUUUUCAUAGUCCAAAUCCUAUUGUCCACAGUCAGACUUCCACAGCAUCCUCUGAACAGUUGCAGCCUUCAAUGUUUCACUCCCAGAAUACCAUCACUGUAUUACAGGGCUCAUCAGUUUCUCAAGAUCAGCAGUCAACCAACAUAUUUCUUUCCCAAAGUUCUAUAAAUAAUCUUCAAACUAACACAGUAGCCCAAGAAGAACAGAUUUCAUUUUUUGCAACACAGAACUCAAUUUCUCCACUUCAGUCAACAUCAAACACUGAGCAGCAAGCAGCUUUUCAACAGCAGCCUCCAAUCUCACACAUUCAGGCCCCUAUUCUUUCCCAGGAACAGGCACAACCCUCUCAGCAAGGUUUGUUUCAGCCUCCGGUGGCCCUUGGCUCCCUUCCACCUAAUCCAAUGCCUCAAAACCAGCAAGGCACAAUUUUCCAAACACAGCGCUCAAUAGUUGGCAUGCAGAGUAACUCUCCAUCCCAGGAGCAGCAGCAACAACAGCAGCAGCAGCAGCAACAACAACAGCAGCAGAGCAUUUUAUUCAGUAAUCAGAAUGCCAUGGCUACAAUGACAUCUCAGAAGCAGCCACCACCAAACUUGAUAUUUAGUCCAAACCAAAACCCAAUGGCUAGUCAGGAGCAGCAGAACCAGUCAAUUUUUCAACAGCAAAGUAAUAUGACUCCAAUGAAUCAAGAGCAGCAGCCCAUGCAAUUUCAGAAUCAGCCUACUGUUUCCUCACUUCAGAACCCAGGUCCUACGCAAUCUGAGUCACCACAGACCACCUUGUUCCAUAAUUCUCCUCAGAUCCAGUUGGUUCAAGGGUCACCUAGUUCUCAAGAGCAGCAAGUAACACUCUUCCUCUCUCCAGCAUCCAUGUCUGCAUUGCAAACCAGUAUAAACCAGCCAGACAUGCAGCAGUCUCCUCUUUAUUCCACUCAAAACAACAUGCCUGGAAUCCAAGGAGCCACUUCUUCACCCCAGCCACAGGCCACUUUGUUUCACAAUACUACAGGAGGCACAAUGAACCAACUACAGAAUUCUCCUGGCUCUUCUCAGCAGACUUCAGGAAUGUUCUUAUUUGGCAUUCAAAACAAUUGUAGUCAGCUUUUAACCUCUGGACCAGCCACAUUGCCAGAUCAGCUGAUGGCCAUAAAUCAGCCAGGCCAACCACAAAAUGAGGGCCAGUCUUCUGUGACAACACUUCUUUCUCAACAAAUGCCGGAGACGUCCCCGCUGGCCCCCUCUGUGAACAGCAGUCAGAGCAUGGAAAAGAUCGAUCUGCUUGUUUCAUUGCAAAGCCAAGGGAACAAUUUAACUGGCUCCUUUUAGUGAGAUGUAAAUUCCAUGAAGAAAGUAAUGAUGAUUCCAAAAUGUCCUGAGAACUUGUGGUUCCAUGAAGAUUAUUGAACUGUUAGAAGAACUACAUUUGAGCAAAUGGACAGAUUUCCUGGCUGUAAAGAGUAUACCCAUGCUGCCUGUUGCAGUGAUUUGCCACCAACGUGCUUUUUAUUUCUAAUAACAGUGACGACUGCGAGUCUGUUUGAUGUUUCCAGCUGACAGAAUUGUGGCUUUUGUCCUACAUUUUAAAAUCCAAGGCUGCAGUUAUUAUUGUUAUUAGAAAACCAUAUUUGUCAUGUUUACUUAAGUUCUUAAUUCCUUUCCUGCAUUAUUUUAGUCAAGUAAUGGCUUAGGACAAAGUAAGGUUGAGUAAUGACUAAGGCUGUGCUUUUGUUGAUGUGUAAAACAUGGCUGUUGGCCAAAGUGAAGGAGUUUCUUUCAGUUUUCAUGGAGAAACUGAAGGAAUAAUUUACUGACAAAGAAGCUGUAUUAAAAACUCUGCAGAGAAAAAAAAAAAAAGCUCUGCAGAUAUAAGGAUUCCUCCUCACAAGCAGAUAAUGCUCACAAAACUGGGUACAGCUAGAAUGUUACCAUGGCAUUUUUCAGAGAGUUGUUAGUUCUCUGUACUUCGAAGGGAUUUAGCCAUAACUGCAUAAAAAUAUUUUGUUCUAUGAAAAUGAAGGGGUUAAUAUAUGACAUGUUCUCAUAUUCUCCUUCAGUAGUUUAAACUGACAGUAAUUAGAGUCUGUUUUCUUCUCACCCGGCAUUGGGCUAAUAUUCCUUUUUUAUAUGCAUCUGUAUUGUUUUCCUCAUUAUUUUCUUUUUAGUUUUAGAUAGCUGUUAAUACACUUACUACUGGCUUUAUGGCCCUGUAGUAAUUUAGAGAAGCAGCCAUGCUUAUUCAGUGACCUAGCAGCCCGCAGCACAGGCCCAGGGACACUCUUAGGGAUUACUGGGAGUUGGUAGAAAAAAACAAUUCUUUUUUUUUUCUUUUUCUUCUUCUUCCUCCUCUCCUUCUUCUUCUUCCUUUUCUUCUUUUUCUUCUUCUUCUUCCUCUUCUCUUUCUUCUCCUUUUUCUUCCAUGAACGGUGCUGUUCUGAAGUCUUCAAAUUUUUCCCUCUAAUUAAAAAUAGUAUAAAUUUACAUUUUACAUAUAAGGCAAACAGAACUUUCUCAAACUAUUACUUCUCCCUGAGCUGCAGUGACUAUAAUUCAUUUGUCACCUCAGUGCUUUACAGUUAAAGUGGUCACUUACUUGAUGGUUUCACAGGCCUUGGGCUUUACAGGGUCAUGUCAUUGAUUUAAAAGGGAGAAUUAACAAAGAGCAAAAUUACACACUCCAGAACUUGCAUUUGUAGCAUUAGUUGUAGAGUUUUGGGUGUUCUUGCCACCCGUGGGGUGCCUGCUUCUCAUUACCACCUACAUCUGGACACAUGCUCCUGUCUCAUUUAUCUUUGGCAUGUGGAACAUGUCACUGCAGCAGUAGGCCAACAUGUAUGUGGUUUCUGUGUGUUGAUAUGUUUUGGUAUCCUGUUCAUUUCUUUUACUUUCUAAGUGUUUAAAAAUUAGCCAGUUAGCGGAUGUUAUUCUUUUCCUUAGUUUUCCUUUCUUUCUUUCUCCCCCUGUCCUACACAUUUGUUGAACUAUGUGGAGCUGUGAUCUUGGUUUAGUUUAUAUAUCCAGAUUCUCCCCUCCCCUUUGUGACUCCUCCUUCUUCUUUAACUGUUGUUCUUGUCAUUUGCUUUUUUCUGUCUCCUUUCUCCGCCCUGGCCCUUCCUUUCUCUCUUUGAGAGGCAUUGGAUUACGUUUUCAGUAGUACAGGCUUCUUGCCGAUAUGAAGGGAACUUUCAGAAAGAGACCUACUCUGGUCAUUUAAUUUUGAAAACAGUUUUCAAUCGUUCAAGUUUUGGAUGGUUUAUAUCUAAUGUGUGUUUCAUUUUUUUGGAAAGCUAUAUUUUAUAUUUAGGAAAUGGUAUACUAUUUUGCUAUUUGUACUGAGUGAGUACAUUGGCAUAAAUAUAGAAAUUUAUAUAUAUAUAUACAUAUAUAAACUAUUCUUUUUUGCCACACAUUUUUGUGGUAAAUUUGUGAGUCUGUCUGUUCUACCACAACGUGGCGUCUGAUAACAGUGAGGGGGGGUUGUUAUGUCUUUCUUGAGUAUUUAAGCACCUUUUGAAGCAAAUGGCCUAUUUAUCUGUAGCCAUUCCAUCUGGCAGUUCCUCAAUGUUACUAUUGAGCUGAAGGCAACUUACUGUGUGUUUGCUGGAUCUUUCAGCGAGAUGUUAAAGAGCAAGGCAACUCAUUGAGGCAGUGUGUCAAAUGGUGUUUGACAAGAAUGAGCCACUCUGUCUUUGUUCACUAUAUAUUUAAUAUUUUAUUAUUGUUGUUGUUGUUGUUAUUAAUUGGCUUUCUGUAUCCUAUGCUUUUUAUUUAUAAAGACACUAAAAAAUACCAUGUUUGUAAUUUUAAUAACAUUUCCCCAUCUUUUAAUAUCCAGAGCUACUUUAUAAAUUCUGUAAACAAAAGUAUUUUCUCAACAUCUCCCUCCUCCCCCAGUUCCUAUAGGGAAAAGUUACCCAGCACAGUUCGGGUCACAAGAAGGGUCAGCCACACAGUUCAGUGCUUCAAAUUUAAAAUGGAAAACAGACACCCAAGUAUUGUCUGGAGUGUCACAGAAAGCAGACCUAGUGGGUGUUAGAAAACACAGAAGUGAAAGUUUAAAACCAUGUUUGCUUCUGGGUUUUCUGAAGUAUUUUCUGAGAUUGUGUAGGAGACUCAGAAAAUCUGUUUGUUCACCAAGAUCAAAUUAGAAGGUUUUCUACAACUGCACCAUGAAUGAUGUGGCAGCAGGAAGUCUGGCUUUGUGUGGUGGCUUCUACUUGUUCUGUACUAGCAGCUUAUCCUUCUAAAAUGCUGAUUGGCAAUGCCAAGUCACUGGGACCAAUUUCUGUUUCUUAAUGUCUAAGUUUAGACUAGAACAUCACCCGAACUAUAGUGCUUUGUGGAUGGAGGCAGAAACCCCCAUUUUCAGUCUCAUCACUUCUGUGGUUAUUUACACAAGGGCUGUGCUAUGCUACCAUAUUCCUGUUCAAACAUGACAGAGGCUUAUUUGUUUUCUUACAUUGUUAAAUGUUCCUUGCCCCGAAAGGUCCAUGUUAAGUACAUUAUUCUGAAUACAUAUUUGGUUACAAAAAGUAUUUGUCUUCUUAUUGAAGAGUUAGCUCAGUGGUUGAUACUUGUACUAAGAAUGCAGCUUCCCAGUUACUGUCACAAGUUACAGCUGCCAAUGGGAAGACUCAGUGAGCCAGCAAAUGCCUUGGGAAUCACGGUUUAUAUCUGGCAGAAGGACCUAAAUAAACUGUGAACUACAUUUUAUUUCUUUGUUACAUUCAGUUCUUGCUUUUGGCAACUCACAGAAACGCUUGGAGCUUCUCUCUUCUCUCUCUCUCUCUCUCUCUCUCUCUCUCCCCCUCCAAACCCCGCCCUGACCCCCCGCUGUGUGUGCACAUGCGCGCGUGUGUGCACACCUGUGCGCUGCAUGUGUGUGUUCUUUCUUACUGUUAUUCCACAACAAGGAGAAGAUGUUAGAUAGUUUGUUCCUAAGCUUCGCUGUGGGCUUUUCUGAUUCUAACAUCAUGUUGCUAUUUGGGUUUUAGCCAAAGUAGAUCUGUCUUACCCCGUCUCCUUAGAACAAGUGUUUAAAGGGCUUUGUUUAUUAUAGAAGCAGUAUUAACAAGAGGACUCCUUCCCUCCCUCCCAUUCUCCCAUCCUUCCUUGUCCCCUUUGUAUAAUAUUGUGAGUUAUAGUUUAGAGUUUUAUUAUGGUAGAUUUAUUGCCUAUCAGAAUUUUGGCUAAUGUACCCAGAAAAAAAUUAGAAGGAAGAAAUUGUGCAUAUGUCCCUUCAGAAUGAAAGUGAUAAUUCCUUUUGGCCUUUUAAGAGUGUUUGGUUUUAUUUCCCCAAUGAGGUUGCACUAUGCUGUCCAAGUGUUGGGCCUGCAUGUGUGAAGCACCUUAUCUGGGCCCCUUUGGCCUUUUGAAGCCAUUGUAAAUGCUUGUUAGGGGAAAAAUGGAAUCUGUCAGCAAAUACAAACCAUGAUGAAAUGACAGAACUUUUUGUUUCUUUUGGUUUUUCGAGACAGGGUUUCUCUGUGUAGCCCUGGCUGUCCUGGACUUAGUUUGUAGGUCAGGCUGGCCCUGAACUCACAGAGAUCCUUCUGCCUCUGCCUCCAUGAGUGCUGAGAUUACAGGCGUGCACCAUCAUGCCUGGCCUGAAUAAUUCUUAAAUUGAGCAUAGUUAUACUUAUUUACAAAAUUGUUCAUUUUUCUUGUAAAAUUUUUUGUUACCCUAUUUGCUGAUUUUUCAUUGAAAGUCAUGGGAAUUCUUGUGGCUUUACUCGGCAUCUCAAGCACAGGCUCCAUCUCUAUCCAAGACAGCCAUUUAAUAUCUGCAUGCUUUGCUCAGUGAGAAACAAGAACUGUAGCUCGGCGAAUGUAUGAGCGAAGUGACACAGACCUGGGAGUGUGGCACAGAGGUAGAGGUUUACACAGCACAUGCAAGGCUCUGGAUUCGCUCCCCAGCACCACCAAAAGGAGAGAAAGAGAACUUGAGCACACACACUAGCAGGAGGAUUAGCACUCACCUAUUACAUAUUCUUGAGAGCUUUCUCCUUCUGCCUGCUUUUGUAACUGGAGCUAACUGUGGAGGUGACAUCCGUGAUACAGGAGAUUGACUCUCUACAAUAGCAUAAGUUGUCCCAAUGCCCCAAUUACUUUUUAACUCUCUGUUUUCAUGCCAUUCUAAGCCUCAUAAUACUUAUAAAAUUCUGUUUUUUACUGCUCUUGUUCCUUCAGGCAAUUUUUACAUUAAUAUUUUAUAUAUAGAUUAAAUGUUACAGAAAAGUGCCUUUUUAUCAUGCCAGUGCCCCCUUCUUAAUAAUUCCACCUUUCACUAUUGCCAAAAUUAUGUGAACAGCUGAUAUUAUCAGGUCCCAACUUGUACUCUUUCCAUUAGGCUUUUUUUUUUUUUUUUUUUUUUUUUUUUUUCAUUUCUUGGUUACUAUAGAAGAUGACUUGGUCAGUUCCUUUGACUUUUUAAAAAUAACAGAGAAAGUGCUUUAGGAGAAUUGCUUGGGGAAAGUAAGUGUAUUCUGUCCCAGCUUCUAAUGAAUCAAGUCUAAUUUUCUCAUCCCAAAAAUUUAUAGAUGGGUCUCAACUGAAUAAGAAUGAAAAUUUAGCCCUCUGUGAGAUUCCAUGCACACACGUGUGUUAAAUGUCACGAAGGCACAGCUCAUAGCCUCUUCCCUGACCCUGAUUAGCGGAGGGAAAAGCAGUCACUAAAACAGGCUUAGGGGUAACAUUGAUUUUCUUUUUUUUUUUUUUUUUUUUUGGCAAAGUAGUUUAUUUAUCAUUUAUCAGAACUCUAGUUAAUUGGCCUUGGAAAGCUUAACGUCAGAAAAAAAUUAGGAAGAGGUCAUUUGAGUUGUGGAAGAAUUAAUGUAAUUUCUUAGUAUCAGAUACAGUUGGCUUGAGUGUCCUGGUUUAGCCCAUUUCGUUUCUGAGCUAGCUCCUUACCACAGGUGGAAUUGAAGACGGGGCCUUCAGCAACAAAUCAAGGACAGCCGUAACUAAACUCUGGAGGAGAGCUGUGUUCCCCAUACAGUGUUUUUUUGUGACUGUUGGUGGACUGAAGGUGGCAAACGUUUAUGUAGUGUUCUGAAUACUCUAGUGUGCACUUUAAUCAUUCCAAAAAAAGCCAAGAAUAUAUCUUAACUAGUGAGAAUACUGCAUCCAUUUUUCUUUUGGAUAGGUGGUUUAGUGUGUUAGGUGGCUGCUUUUUAAAGUGACUUGGAAUAAGUGUGAAGUUACUGUUUUCUAGAGGACUUAAGACUGAAAUGUAGCUGCAGGGAAGUGACUGAACUUCUGCAGACUGACUGGCUGAGUGUGUUGGGGAGCUGCUUAGUACCAUUUCCCUUCCCAUGUAUUUUAUGUCCCCUCUAUAAAAAUGCUAUUGUGUAUACCUUCUACCUGUGCGGUUUAUGCAAACCAGUCUGGCCCUCCACCCAGCAGCUAGUAUCAGUAUGAGCAGGGAACUAGUUAGAUUAGAGGUGCGCAUUCCUGGGCAUUAGCUCAGGCCUACUGAAUUAGAUCUGAAGUAGGACUCAGCAGUCUGUCUGACCCAGGCCCCCAGGCGAGUCCAGUGCACCCUGAGCUUCACAGGCACUUGUAUGAUUUUGUCUGCUGAAAGCGAGAGAAUUUCUUCCCCACUCUUAAAGAUAAUUAUUCCUUCCUCAUGUAUACUCAGCUUUACCUGGUUAUCUGUGAUCAUUUAUCAACAAUAGUAAUUUAUUCUCAGUACUGCCUAAGAAAUGCCUAUGUUUUAUGUAUAUACAGUGUAGUUAUUGAUGAUUCAUUUAACUUAGUCUGACAUUUCCCUACCACUGACUAAAAAGUUUACAUUAACUGACUGAUUUCAAUAUAUAGGUGCAGUGUUCUGUAUUUCUUUAAUUGUUGCGACAUUUACUUAGCUAAAAUAAUUGAUGGGUGCUACAGUCUCCUGUUUAUGCAUAACAUGGGUACAUUGUGGGCAAUGUAAUACAAGCUUUCUCUUCAUUGCCUCUUAAUUUACCAGCAGACCACAGUUUUGCUCUGGCUAGACCAGCUCUCAGAACAGAAUUGCCAUUCCAUAUCAUUUUUCUUGUAUCUGAGAUAGUAAAUCUCAGCUAGAUGGCUGGCCAGGCCAACACAGCACCUUAUUUAAUUUCUUCUCUUAAUAGAUGAGGAAUUUUUUUUUUUUCAAGUAGCCUACUUGCCAUUUGAACGGUGCAGUAGAGUGAUGGUUCUCCUUGGAACUCACGCUUCAAAUGAAGUACUUAGCAAAAUAAUAAGACAGUGCUUUUUAUAGUUUGGGCAUUCCUCCCCUCUCAGUUGUCUGCAUCUUAAUAAAUAUAAGCUAAGCAGGUUUAUUCAUUUUUUUCCUUUACAAUUCAGCACUUCCAUCAUUAAUCUUCCUUCCACUGUUUACAAAUCACUGAUGAGUUAACGAAGAUUCACUUUUCAGACUAAAACUAAAUGAAUACUUGCUUUCUGAGAAUCACUGCUGUCUGCUCCUCACUAGCAGUGCUAAGUGGCUUACUCUACAAACUGGUGCUGGAAAGUAAGUAGGCAAAGUGUUGGGAUGCUCUAGAGACACCUUCCUUUCCUUCUUUGUGAGUACAUCAUCUGUCACUGGAUCCAGAGUAUUCCACACAGUUUAUUCAACCCAGGUUUGUAAUACUUCCUGCAUUCAACCAUGUCGCCCCUACCCGCUCCCUCACAUCGGUCCUUCCUCCACCCCAGGAGUAACGCGCCUAGCUUGCAGGGGUAGCUAUUGUUACUAUUUUAGCCAGUGAGCCUCAGGACAGCUUGCACUCAUACAUGACCAAGAUGCUUGAGAGUGCAUUUGGAAUCAAACUUCUGUCACCAGAAAAUUCCUGUCCUGGCUGGAGUUAGAGCUCAGUGGUAGGGUUCUUGUGUGCACAAGGCCCAAGGUAGUGCAGUCCCCAGUACCAAAGAGAGAGAGACAGAGACUGAGAGAAAGAAAGGGAGCUGUCCUGCACUGAAGCGAUCACAAUCUCACUCCCUAGACACCUUCUGCAGUGCAGUUAAACUCCUUCGAUCUAAUGAAUGUGUCUGUUUACCUUGUUGCUUCUAAGGAUGAGCUCCAAGUGACUGCUGCUUUCCUGGCAACUUGACUGACUUUCACUCUCCUUUUACUUCCUGUUUUAAUGAGUAACUUGGAAUAUUUCAUUAACCUGUUCUCGAGUGAUUUAGCUGCCAUUCUGCCAGCUGAAAAUUGAGUUUUUAUUUCAUUUUAUCUGCUUGAGCACACUGAUCAACCACUGACCUGCCUUCUUGCAUUGUCCUGCAAUGACGUAAGAGUGACACUGUGUAUAUGGCUUCAUAGUUGGAAUUUCAGAGCACUGACACCAGAUAUUCUCGGUUUGUUCUCUGGGGGAAUUUCAUUUGCAUCUAUGUUUUUAGGUAUCUGUGAUAACUUGUUAAAUAUUAAAAAGAUAUUUUGCUUCUAUUGGAACAUUUGUAUACUCGCAAUUAUAUUUCUGUAAACAGCUGCAGUCAAAAAUAAAACAUUGAAAGUUUUCA